CGGACUGCAGUUUGUAAGCAAUAAAUGGGUUUUAAACUUUAUUUCUCCCCUUGACUGAUUUGGGUUUUAGAAGUAUUUUGUCCUGCGAUUUCCUCUUCCCGGACUUACAGUAUUUUACCAAAAAAAAAACCAUUGUGGGCAGUAUUUUAAAUAUAGAUUCUCCAGAUGUCUGGAUAACAGAAAAGCUGCAGUACCAUCUCUUGAAUGUGACUUUACCGUUUUAAUAAUAGGCGUCCAUCUCUGUAGAGUGAGUUUCUGAUUAGAGCAGCUGCCCCCAGAUAACUUCUUAGCCCCAGUGUAGCUUAAACAAAAUCGUAUACAUUUCAUUCAGCCUUGUAUUUGCACUUUGAAAGUACAUUUACAAAAACCCAGCCCCAUUAUAUAAAACAAGUAAGAAGACUUCGUCUGGAUGGUGUCCUCUACUCUGAUCAGCUGAGUUUGUACGUACAUUAGAAAUCUUAGGUAGGAGUCAUUAACUGAGAAUUAUACAUCAGUGACGCAGAACAUAAGGGUCUAGGACUCUUAAUUUUGCUCUUUGUCCCAUGACCAGAGAGGAUGUGAGACGAGAGCUGGAGAGAUUUUCCCCAGUGAUUUAAAGUUUCAGGGCCCCUUGUUUUAAGAGAGAAGGACUGAAAGCUGACACGGCUCUCUUAUCUUUGCCACCCCUUAGCUACUCCCCAUAAAAUGCACUGGGAGCCAAACAAUGCUGAGUCUUCAGCCCAGGCAGGAAGGGUAGACUGAGAUAAAGAGGGAUGGUAACAGGAAACUGGCUGGAGUCAUUCACUCACCCUCCCAUUUCAGAGUGCUGACUACUAAUGCUUUGUUUAAACUCCUGUCCUGUGCCGGCUGGAAAUAGCUGUGGCUUCACUACACCUGUUAACAGGGCAGUAGGACCCUCAGGGCCGGGGAGAGAUAAUCUUGAAAGGUGAAAGGCUUCCUGUGCUGUCCCUCCUUUACUCCUCAGAGGAAUAUAUCUUCAGCUAUCAGCUACACCAGGAUGUUCUUAAAAACCCAAGUAAUAAUCCCAUUUUUGGGUUAACUGUGUGGUAUAUUACUCUUCCAUUGCUUUUCUGUUUGUUUUCAUACAUACAUAUUUACCUGUAGAAAUAUAUAGCUUUAUUAUGUUUUACUGUUUUCACAUGCAUCUGUUUUGUCUAGUUUUUAAAAAAUUACUUACUUUUGUAUUACUAUGGAAAGAUUUUUUAUUCAUCUGUCUUGUUAAUUUGAAGUCACAGUACGACUGCCACAGUUUAUAUCACUAUCCCCUACUGAUAAUGAUUGUUAUUUCCAGUUGGUCUCACUGCAGACAGGGCUACCUUAAACGUCCUGAUAAGUGCUUCUUAGUGCUCAUGGUACAUUUCUCAGGGGUAAAUCCCAAGACGGACUCUGAGGCUCUCCAGACGCCCACAUCCACUGACGGUCCCACCUUCCGUAGCAAUUUCCCCAUAGCUUUUCCCAAAUUGAUACUAGUAUUCAAAAUGCUUUCCCAUUGAUGGCAUAAAACAAAAUGACCUGUUAUCUUUGUUUUUCCAGUUACUACUAAGGUUAAAUAUUUGUUGUUUGUAUUUUUCUGACUUGACUCAACAUUUUAUUGGACUUUUUGCAAUUUUAAGAUAUUUUAUAGGAUUAAAGUAUAUAUUCUUCAUUAUAAAAGUUAGAAAUUUUUCUUGGUCAGUUGCUUUUUAAAUGAACAAGUAACUUAGGUUUACAGGCCCAUUGCCAAGAAGGUACAGAGAACUCCACAUACUCUUAACCCAGUUUGUUUCCUUAAAUAUUACUGUCUGUAUUUACCCACUCAGGCUGCCACAGUACAAUGUCCCGACUGGGGGGCUUAAACAGCAAGGACUUCUUUUUCUCAGAGUUCUGGGAUUUGGAGUCAAGCUGCCAGCAGGGUUGGUUUCUGGGGAAGCCUCUCCUCCUGGCUUGCUGUGUCCCCACGUGGCUCUUCCCCACGUGGGUGCAGAGGGAGAGCAAGCUCUGGUGUCUGUCCACUUAUGAGGACACCGGCCCUGCUGGUUUAGGGCCCCACCCUUAUGACCUCACAUCUCCAAACACAGCCAAACUUGAGACACAUUUAAAAUAUUUUUCUAGUGUAUCUCUUAAUUUUUUGUGUUUGUUGCCAUGAAGACCAUCUAAAAAAUGUUUAUUUCUUUGAGAAAGGUCUUCCCCCAGUUGGAGAGUGCAAGAAAUAAAUCAUGGUUUUGUUUUUUUACAUGUAAAGUCCUUGAUCCUUGUGGAAUUUUAGAAUAAGGUUAGGAGGUAUGCAAGUUUAUUUUUGAGGCAAAAAUGUAUAUAUUGUGAUAUAUAGUGUAUAUUAUAUAUAUGGAUAGAAAUUACGAAUAAAAUAAUUGUUGGGAAAGAAUUGCUACUGUAUUGCUUCUUCAUUUUAAGGGAGAGUCCUUACAAAUUUAUUGACAGAUUAACACGUUUCUGUAGGAAACUUGGAAGAAUAAUAAUCACUAUAUAUGACAAAACUGGGACCAUCCUCAUACUAUGUCUUUAAUUUUUUGCCUCACUGGAGACCAACAUAGGAACACAGGUGUAGAAAAUAACUGGGUCUUUAGUAUUGUGUCGGUGUUUUCCAGCCAUUCCAAUAAUUUCCUGCGCUGAAGCAGGAAGCUGUUAAAGGAGUGAAGGGCCGUAGGCGUGCCUCUAACUCGUGAAGUUCUAACGGAGACGCCGCACUCGCCGCGAGCCCGCCCCGCCUACCCCGUCCGCAGCGCCCCUAGCGGCGGGCGGGCCGCGGGCUGUUGCGCGUAGGGUCCGCGAGGAGCUGGUCUCCUCCUGCAGGGGCCUGAGUCGUUGCCGGUUUUCUCUAGCCCCGCGCUGCGAGCCUCGCAUCCCAGCCGGAGCGGGGUUGGGGCGGAGCAGCCGGUGACCGAGGCUCCCACGCCGCCGCCGCCUUCGGGGCCGCUCGGGCAGCUUUGAGCUUCCGGGGGUGGCGCGCUGCCCGGCGCUAGGGUGGGGGCCGAGGGGCGUCGCUGGGCGGCCGGAGGUCCGGGUGUGGCCGCCUCUCCCCGCGGCGGUGGCCCCCAGACCGGCCUGUCGUCAGAUGCUCUGGAGUCAUGGGCCGGCCGCGCGCCCGCGCCCCCCUGGUGGCCGAGGUGCUCGGAGAUCGCCUUUGUUUUGCCAUUCUCUACAGCAGACCAAAGAGUUCAUCAAAUGUACAUUAUUUCAGCAUAGAUAAUGAACUUGAAUAUGAGAACUUCUACGCAGAUUUUGGACCACUCAAUCUGGCAAUGGUCUACAGAUAUUGUUGCAAGAUAAAUAAGAAAUUGAAGUCCAUUACUAUGAUAAGGAAGAAGAUUAUUCACUUUACUGGUUCUGAUCAGAGAAAACAGGCAAAUGCCGCUUUCCUUGUCGGAUGUUAUAUGGUUAUAUAUUUGGGGAGAACUCCAGAAGAAACAUAUAGAAUAUUAAUGUUUGGAGAUACAUCCUAUAUUCCUUUCAGAGAUGCCGCCUAUGGGAGCUGCAGUUUCUUCAUUACACUUCUCGACUGUUUCCAUGCGGUGCAGAAGGCACUGCACUAUGGCUUCCUUAAUUUCAACUCAUUUAACCUUGAUGAAUAUGAACAUUAUGAAAAAGCAGAAAAUGGAGAUUUAAAUUGGAUAAUACCAGACAGAUUUAUUGCCUUCUGUGGUCCUCACUCAAGAACCAGGCUUGAAAGUGGUUACCACCAACAUUCUCCAGAGGCUUAUAUUCCAUAUUUUAAGACUCACAACGUCACUACUGUUAUUCGCCUGAAUAAAAGGAUGUAUGAUGCCAAACGCUUUACGAACGCUGGUUUCGAUCACUAUGACCUUUUCUUUGCGGAUGGCAGCACCCCCACAGAUUCGAUAGUCAAAGAAUUUCUGGAUAUUUGUGAAAAUGCCGAAGGUGCCAUUGCAGUACAUUGCAAAGCUGGCCUUGGACGAACGGGCACUCUGAUUGCCUGCUACAUCAUGAAGCACUACAGGAUGACGGCCGCCGAGACCAUCGCGUGGGUCAGAAUCUGUAGACCUGGAUCGGUGAUUGGGCCUCAGCAGCAGUUUCUGGUGAUGAAACAGACGAGCCUCUGGUUGGAAGGUGACUAUUUUCGUCAAAAGUUAAGGGGUCAGGAGAAUGGAAAACACAGAGUCGCUGUCUCAAAACUCCUCUUGGCUGUUGAUGACAUUUCAAUCAGUGGGGUCAAGAAUCAAGACAAGCAGGAACCUGAACUGUACAGCGACGAUGACGAAGUCAGUAGCAUGACACAAGGGGACAGACUUCGGGCCCUGAAAAGCAGAAGAAAAUCGAAACCAAACGCUCUUCCCCUCACUCUGCAUGACUUUGAAAUGCUUCAGGAUGACAGGUGCUCCAUCCACACUGGAACACCCAGGUCCGCCCGCCCCCACGACUUGCCAGCACCACAUGGUGUGGGGCCAGGGGAAGACUGCCGUCACCUCCGGAGUACCCGUGUCCCCGUGAGCAGAGAAGGACUGAGACGUGCACACCCCAGGGACAGGCAGCUGGCCUGCUCGGGCUGUGAGGGGCUUGCCUUGCACGCGAUGCAAAUGCCAAACGCUUAUCAGCAACACGGAGCCAAAGAUGAACUUUUCAAAGGAGCCCGGCCGGGCAGUAAAACCUUCCAACACAGAUACCCUCCCCAGGGCCAAGGCGCCCCAUCGCCAGCCCUGCAGAGGCAGGAGGGAGUCUCCCUGUCUGUGAGGCACCCCCAGCCCAGGCCCUGGCACUGUCACCCUGGCAGGCGGGCCGGCGCGACAUUCAGUUCUGGAGGGACCACAUCAGCCUUGGACCCCGCAUACCUGGCUUUGCAGUUCAGACAUCCUUAUCUUCGCUUUUCAAGUCUUGAAGCCUGCCUCGUUGUUAUGGGGCUAAUUGGCUUAAUGUAAGUUACCAGCUGGAAAUGUGCCCUGCCUCAUGACAAGUGUGCCCCCCAAAGGCCCAAGCACCUCCAAGGAGCUUGGCCUUCCCAGGGGCACACUGGGGUCUGUUAGGCCUUGCCUCAGGGAAGCCCGAAUAUGCACUCCACCCACGGCCCGGUUUUCCCUGUGGCAUGUCAGGGUUCCCCUGCUCUGCCUCUCCUGUCUUGACUGGCACCCACAGGACAAAACCCACCAUCCAUCUGCCCCACCAGCCUGACGGGUAGCCCCCAUGGGCGAGUGGAGCCCUCCGCAGGCUCGGAAACACCCGGCCCCAAGACGGCCACCUGGCACAGGAGCCCUCGGUGUGUUUGGGAAGACAAGUGUUUGCAGAUACAUGAACCCAGUGCCACAGGCUUUUCAAGUGUUACAGCCUGAGGGGACUUCAGAGGGAUGUUCUGCCAUCCUCAGAGCCAAGGUGAGGUGGAGCAACUGAAUGUGACACUGUGAGCCUGCCGGGUGAUGAUAGCCUCAUGUUGAACCAGCUCAUCAUUGUGGCUGAGCCCGACAUUCAUAUUCAUGCUAAGACUCAGAUCAGGGAACUUAGGUCCGCUAUCUUUUCCAGAGAGGGGGAA